GAAGAGAGCGAGGCAGAGCAAGAGAGUGUAAAGGAAAAGUUAUCUAAGCCUACAGCGCCCACAAAUCACUUUGUCACCAGCAAGCUCUGACAAGCUCCAGGAGAGAGGCAGCGAGGGAGUUAAAUACAGAGGAGCAGAGAGAGGAGCUCCACAUGAGGAAGAAGCUGCAGAGGAGAAUACAGCACCUCAGAGACAUCCAUGGACAGAGGGCACUGACACAAAGCUGACCCGGACAAGUGUGAGCUAACUGAGACUGCUACUGCUGGGGUUACUGCGCCUGAUCACUGGAAGUCCUCAAGAUAAGUUGUGCCAAAUUUAAUGCCGAAUUUCAGAGAACUGUAGAAUUAAACGUGUUCAUAUAGUGCAAACAAAAACAGUGAGACUUGAAUGAGAGUCCUUUUGUACAAAUACAGCUGCACACAGAUCACAUGCUGUUAUGCUAAAAAGAGGUAGUCACAGCCAGGGGCAUUGUGUAUGUCAGAUGUUUCCUGACACUUGUCUUAAUAACAGGCGUAGUGUGACGGCUGUGGAAACUGAUAUGAUUAAAUUCUCUCAAGUGGAAAUUUGAUCGCCUCUAAUUUAACUCAAGUCCCCUGAGAAGUUUAUCUGACCUUUAAAUUCAAGAGGUCAUUUGAUAAAACUUCAAAUAGAAACUAAAAGCUAUGAUAAACACAUGUACACGAUAAAAAAAAAAAAAAUCAUAUCUUGGACUAAAUUUGUGAUAAUGUGGUUGAGCCAUGUCUGACUUUAUUCUGCUGGGUUAAUACUGUGUGGAACCAGCCUAAAAACAACUAUAAGAUUCACGUUCAAGAUGAUAGAAUUGAGCUCUCAUUGCACAAUAUGACAUUCAGCCAGGCUUUGUAGUAGCAUUUGACAGCUCCACUCUGGGCAUGGUUCACUGUCUGGGACGUCACUGUGUUACCUGCGAGGUUGAGUCACAAACUGCCUCAUCAGUUGAAGCCUGUCUGCCAACUCAUAGGAUUUCUCCCACCUGCUCCCAUGCAAUGAAGACAGAGGAAGUAUUUUUACAGCGGACUGCACUGCCACAAUUUGCCAACCUGGGUCACUGAACUUUUUGGGACUCUCCACACUGCUUUGACUAUUCUGCUAUAUGUAAACACCUUGCGUCAGUAACACCUCCUUCUUGGUGAUUCACUGUUCCCUAAGCAUCCUAAGUUGAAGAAGGCAGUAGCUGAGAAAGAAUUAAAAAGUCAAUUGGUGCAUUUGUUUUCUGGACGCCACCAUGAAGGUCCUCUUUAUGAUCAUUAUGGCAGUGUACUUUGUAGGAAAAGUCAAUUCUAUGUCAACAUGUAAGACUUUAGAUCAGGAGAUGGUGAAGAAAAAGCGCAUAGAGGCGAUUAGAAGCCAGAUUCUCAGUAAACUGCGCCUGCCCAAAGAACCGGAGCCGGAGCAGGAUGGAGACCAGGAUGAGAUCCCGAGCACACUACUGUCCCUCUACAACAGCACUAAGGACCUGCUAAAGGAACAGCAACCACAGGCCCCCACUGACAUCUUCAUUGAGCAGGAGGAGGAGGAGUACUUCGCCAAGGUGCUUCACAAGUUCAACAUGACUAGCAACAAUGAGACAACAAAGAACUCCAAUCGUGUCUCCAUGUACUUCAACAUGACGGACAUACGGAACAGUGUGGGAGACUAUCGGCUGCUCACCACGGCCGAGCUGCGCAUGUUCAUCAAAAACACGAAUAUCCCCAAUGAGCAGCGCGUUGAGCUCUACCAGGGAGUAGAUUCCCAUGCACGCUACCUAGCAUCACGAUUCAUGAUAAAUGACAUGAGAGACAAGUGGUUGUCCUUUGAUGUCACAGAGACACUGCAGAGCUGGUUAAAUGACAAAAGUAAGAAUUUAAAUCUAAUUUAAUGGUAUGGUCUAACAUUAUGAUUAGCAUGCAAUUUGGACAUAAUGAUUAUCAAACCCAUGUCCAACAGUGAAAUCCUUAAAUUAACACUGUAACUACCUGGAGGGGGCACGUGACAUGCAUGAUUGGAUGGAAAUAUAAAGUUAAUACCAUAUUUUGGAACAUUCUCCAAAGAGAUAGAAAUGUUUUCAUGCCAUUUUAAAUACAGCCAAAGGAAGAACAUUUCCAUGGACAUAAAGAGUUUGAGGCCCUCCUCCAGGCCAAGUGAGAGUCUGGUCAAACUUUUUCUGUACUAUAAUGCUUUAAU